CAUACUACUGACAUUGAUAGAGCUUCGAGACGCGUCUUUCCGAGUCGCAGUUCGUCGCAUUAGUAGGACUUGACUUUCCAGCAAGCGCUCCUUCACACUCGCGAGGCCAUAUGGCGCUGAGUGGGCUUGGCUCUAGGCAGACCUCGGCUCGCUCGCCGGCAGAGAGGUCUCGAACCCUACCAGCUCUCCGGCUUCGGCAGCGCAGCGUGGUGCGGCCCCCGGCUGCAUUGGGGCCCGACAGCGUCGAUGUCAGUGCCGCGGUGACUGAGCUGGUUACACGUUCUCUGCACAACUCGGGCGGAGACGUGUCAAGCCUCCUGUCGCACCUGAACCACGCCCUGGACGGCUCGAGCUCGCUGUUUCACGCAGCCCAGCAUGCGCAUGCCAGCGUGGACGCUUUCAGUGCUUCUGUGAUGCCGGAGCAAGUGGCGCAGUGGAGCUCAGUACCGCAUCCCUCGGCGCUGACUGACGUCGCGGCCAUUGCCCCUGUGCUCGCGGACAUCGGGGCUUCGCCCAACGUGGCUCUGGCGGCAGAUGCGGCUUCCAGCAUGGCCGUGGACGCGGCGCACGCGUCUGUGCUUGCGCUGGCGACGUGGGCGAGCGAGCGCCUGGACACGGUCCAGUCCAUCGACCCGGAGUCGUACAACAUCAUGCGCAGCACCAUGAAUGACGUGCUGGCUGCCAUUCAGGGCGUUAUUGACUCGCAGGUGGGCAACCUGGCUCUGGGCUGGACCAACGCGCUGGUGCUCGGCGUGCAGCAGCUGGUCACCACGCUGCGCAUGAGCGAGGCCUCGGGCUCCGCCAGCUCCAUUGACGCCAUGGUCGCGGCGCAGCAGGCCAUGCAGGAGGCACUCACCACCCAGGCCGCCAGCCCCAUGGGCCAGGGCAACUUCGGGCCGCAGAUCGCCAUGGCGGCGCUGGCCUUCCUGGUCGCCGCCAUCCCGCGCGGGAGCCCCGCGCCCGCUGCGGCCGCCGCGGCCGGCGCAGCUGCUGGUGUUGCGGACGGCAGCGCCUUUGGCAUUCCCUCGGCGCCGCAGGCGCGCAGCGCCGCUUACCUGGUGCCCGGUGCCGGCUACAACCCCACCGGCGCCACAGACAUCAACGGGCUGCCGCUGCGCUACGACCCCAAGGGCCUUGAUGCCUACUUCGCCAGGCACCCGGGCACGGUGUUGAAGCGCAACGCGCAGAUGUUCCACCGCGUGGGUUCCUUCUGCUGCGUGCUGCUGUGGGACUGGCGCACCGGCCAGAUUGGGCCCAACAUGCCGCAGCGCGCCAAGGAGGCGGUGUUCAUCAUUGAGGACAUGGGCCCGGCCUUCAUCAAGAUCGCGCAGCAGCUGUCGACGCGCGUGGACCUGGUGCCGCCGCCCUACCUGGAGGAGUUCAAGCGGCUGCAGGACAACGUGCGCACCUUUUCCACCGUGGAGGCGCGUGAGGUGCUGGAGGAGGGGCUGGGCUGCCCCGUGGACCGCGUGUUCGAGUGGCUGUCCGCCGAGCCGCUGGCCGCGGCCUCGCUGGGCCAGGUGUACCGCGGCAAGCUGCGGCCCGAGCACGGCGGCGCCGAGGUGGCCGUCAAGGUGCAGCGGCCGCAGGUGCUGGAGACCGUGGCGCUGGACAUCUUCAUCAUGCGCCGCUUCGUGGUGCUGCUGAGCACGCUGCCGUUCAUGAGCGACCAGUGGGCGGUGGUGCUGGACGACUGGGGCACCCGCUUCUUCGAGGAGAUGGACUACCAGCUGGAGGCCUACAACACGAUGACCUUCAAGAAGCAGAUGGCCUCGCUGCAGGGCAUCUCCGUCGCCACCGUGUACCCCGAGCUGACCAGCCGCAAGGUCAUCGUGACCGAGUGGGUGGAGGGCGAGAAGCUCAACCACUCCAAGUCGGAGGACGUGCGCGCGCUGUGCUCCACGCUGCUCAACUGCUACCUCAUCCAGCUGCUGGAGACGGGCCUGCUGCACGCCGACCCGCACCCCGGCAACCUGCUGCGCACCGCCGACGGCAAAAUCGUCAUCCUGGACUUUGGCCUGAUGACGGAGGUAACGGAGGACCAGCGCAUCGCGCUGGUGGAGUUCAUCGCCCACCUGACCAUGGAGGACUGGACCGGCGUAUCGCGCGACCUGCUCAAGCUGGGCUUCAUGCCCGACGGCAUGCCGCCGGAUGCCGACAAGUUCAUCGCGCCGGUGCUGGAGCAGGUGAUGGGCAAGAUCGUGCAGGGCGGCGGCCUGCGCGGCUUCAACAUCGGUGCCAUGACCAGCCAGCUGCAGGGCGUGGCCAUGGACUACAAGAUGUGCAUUCCGCCCUACUUCGGCCUGGUGCUGCGCGCCUUCUGCGUCAUUGAGGGCAUCGCGCUGAAGACGGACGAGAACUACGCCAUUGUGCAGGAGUGCAUGCCCUACCUCUCGCGCCGCCUGCUCAGCGACAACAACCCGCGCAUGCGUGCCGCGCUGCGGCAGCUGCUGUACGGCAAGAAGAACCGCAUCGACGUGGAGCGCCUCUCCAAGAUGGUAUCCGCCUUCGGCUCCUUCACCACCGCCUCCUCGACCGCCGCACAGGCCGCCGGCCCCACAUUUGGCGAGGCCGCGGAGCGCGCCUACGCGGAGCGCGUCAAGGGCCAGCUGACCGCCUCAAACCCCGAGGGGCCGGUGGUGAACGAGGCCACGCGCGAGGUGCUCAAGGUAGUGUUCGCCAAGGACGGCAGCUACGCGCAGGAGCUGAUUGUGGAGGAGAUGGUGGCGGCGGUGGACGCCAUGAGCCGCGAGGCGCUGGGCGAGGCGCUGCGGCUGGUGAUGAGCAGCGCGGGCGCCGUGACGGCGCUGCGCAGCGUGGAGGCGCUGGGGCCGCUGCGCUCCAUGCUCAUGCCGCUGCCGCUCCCGCUCGAGGUGCUGUCGGCCAUGGCGCCCAACGUGACGCUGACGGCGGAGGACCGCCAGGCGCUGGCCAUGGUGCGCACGCUGCUGGACCUGCUGCAGCCGUCCAUGUCGCGCCUGCCGGAUGUGGCGUCCAGCGGCUCGCGCGCCAUCCGCGCCGCCGGCGAGCUGAUGCCGCUUGUGCCCGAGCUGCUGCCCGGCAUGCGCUCCACCCUGGAGCUGUUCAUCCGGCAGCUGGUGCGCCGCAUGGCGCUACGCCUGGCGGAGGACCUGUCUACCGGCAGCAACAGCAGCAGCUCGGCGGCGGCGGCCGCUGCCGCCGGUCUGGGCGGCGCCAGCCUCAACAGCCACUCCACCUUCAGCUCGUUGAGCAGCGUAGCCGACUUUGGCUCGAUGGCCCCUGGCCCCAGCGGCAGCCGCCCCGGCACCGGUUACUCCAGCCUCCGGUAAGUGUCGCGGGGCGGGCCGACCGGACGCAGCAGCUGUGUCGGUGGGCCGCUGCUCUACCUGCGCGGCACCGCUCGGGCAUGGGUAAAAGGCUUGUUGACAAACGCGUGGUGACCAAGUGUAAAAUUGGCACGAGCGGACUUGCGAGAGAACAAUGACGACUUGUAGCUGAGGCUGUGAACCACGGUUUUUACAUGAUUUUUGCGAAAGGGUGCACCUCCCAUCGGGCGUGUGGUCAAUCCUGACAUAACUUUGAACACCAGCUACCACAUUUGAUGGCAAUGAGCAGAAUUGCAUUAGCUGUUGCGCACCGCGCCGAGUGCUGCAUGGAUGCCACAGCCCCUGGCUGGGCGCGUUGCGAGCGACCUCGAGUGAGCGGUCAAGUAGAAAGGUGUCGUGUCUUGGGGAGGUUUUGCACUUGCGGUCGGCCUGGUGAGCUCCUAGCGCCAUUUGCCGCUCCCAACGUGCUUGGCGGUGAUUUGCGAAUGGGUCGCGUGCAAUUGCGCGCUCAUGAACGAGCACUAACAGCGUUUGUGGCUCAGGUAACUGGCACGUCAGGGCAGCGAAGGGACUGCGGUUGCGGUUGACGGUGAAGUCGAAAACCCGUGAAGACGAGACCUGGCGUGUGACCCUUGGACUGACGCGGUCGGCAGCGGAAGGAUAUGCUGAUGGGCCACGUUGACGGAAGCAAACGGCAUGCCGCAUGGAGCUUGCGGACGAUUAUCACGGUUGAAUUCCUUGGAUUGGCUCUCCUGUGCGGACUGCGCAUGCGGCGUGUCGGGUCCCGCACGUGUGGUGUGGCAUGCAUUAGUGUCAAGCGCUGAUGGGUGGUCACAUGUACAUGGGUUGCCAUGCCGCCUGCGAGGCAUCGGUGUGCGAGGCGGGCGGGCGCCAGGACAUGGAUGGAAGGGCACGCCCUGGAUUCACUGGACGGAGCAUAUUAAUCAGGGGCGGUGAGGCUGGAAGCUGGCGCCGCACUCGGGUUCCGUACCUAUUUAGGACUACAUGCGCAAUGUCUUUCUUCAUCCCGACUCCAAAUGUACCGGUAUCAAAAAUCUCUCUUCUUGUUGUUCGCAAAUUGCCUUUGUGUUAGAGAUUUGUGUCACUAUUGAUCGCGCGGGAGGCAAUAGGCCAACCCAAAUCCUUGAAUAAUACCUUCCCUGUAUGGUGAUCAAAUAACCUACAAUUCGUUUGCGUGCGGGGGCUGACCAUAUGGCAACAACUGCCGGGCUGCCUCAGUGCGUCGAUUGUUUGUCUCCUGUGACCUUGUGGGCACUUGCGCGUACUGCAGAACUGAAGGUGUCGUUGCGAAGGGGUGUCAGGGGUCCGUUGGGUGGAGAGGCACAAUCUUCACCGUGCAUAAUUUUGAGAGCGCGCAGUGGGAACGGCAGUGUGCAGGUUUGGACGUGAGCAGUGCAGGACGUGCCGAAGGUCGGCUAAGAUCUGCAAUAACUGUGUGGGGUCAAUGUAACCACAAAAGCAAAUUGCCUUUGUUCCUGUGCUACAGCCACGCGGCUAGUACUCGGUCUUGACUGCACAGUGUUGGUUGCUCAGGCUGGCCGUGGGUGAUGCCGAAACGCAGGGCACGCCCUGCAGGGAGGGGGUCCAACGGCAUGUGCUGGCGGCUGGGAGCUCUGGAAUGCAGUUUAUCAGGUUCAAAGUCUGCACAGGAACAUGCAGUGGGGGCAUGCCCUCGCUGCUGAAUGCACCCUUGACGUGA